AUGCUUCGUAGUUUCAUGAAUCUGUUUUUCAUGAAACAAUUAAAGCCAUUAGUUGAUGUAAUAAAUAAAUGGGUAAAAGAAAAGAAGAUUGUUGUGGGUGGACAUACGUACAAAGUUGACAUAGUCUUUGUCAAUGAUUACAAGUGUUUCACUGAGUUGCAAGGUCUAGAAGUGUUCAAUCCAAAGGUGUUUUUUAAAUGCAUGUGGUGUUUCUGUAAUUUGGAUGACAUCGAAUUACUCUUAAGAGACUACAGUUCAAAUGUAGAGGUUGGCGAUGUCAAGUUCAAACUUGAACCUCCAGGUAGUAAGAUAGGUGGUCACGAUGAACAUAUGAUGCCAGUCUUUUCACCGAAAGCAUUGAAGGAUCUUGGUGGAGAAGUCAAUGGUAAGCUAUAUGGCCAAGUGCAACCUCCUGUUUUCGAAUACUCCUUUAACAUGCAAUCUAAGCAUGGCUACUACCGUAACUAUUGCAAGCACAUUAUGAAGGUUUUAAGAGAGAUUGAUGUUGACGAACCUACAAUUAGACGACUAUUUGACGAUAACUACAAAACGCGUCUUAGUUUAUCAAAUCAGGAUAAAGCCACUCUCCACGAAAAGUUCAUUGCCAAAUCCCAAACGAUGUUUGGAAAUGUACAAACUCCAACACUUGAACCUGCACCUGCAAAGCGUGGAAGACCAAGAAAAACAACUACAUCUACUCCCCCACCUUCUCUAUCUGUUACUCUUGCUCUAACUGCUACACCUGGUACCAAACUCUUCUUCAAAUGCUUCAGACCUGACUUAACACCUGCAGUAUUGCCCAACUCGACAAGUUCUAACACUACUCAACCUAUGGUAGCUAAACAAAAAAGAGUUAGAACAUCUACACAUGGAUUACCUGCCAAUUUACAAACAAACUUGCCAAAUGUUACUUACAAUGAUGAUUGUACUGAUACUAUACCACAUGAAAAGCAAUGCUCAUCUAACCAAGUUUUAGAAAUUUAUACAUCUGAUAGUAAUAAUUCAACAAGUUCAUUUUCAAAAAAUUCUACCAAUAAACGUAAACGAUAA